CACACUGAUUUCCCAUCUCAUCAAACACCAUCCUUUACUGUACAUAUACACUGAUUCGAAUCUUUUCUCAUCAACCAAAGUCAUCUCAACACCCGUGCACAUCGCACUUAGACGGCUCUUUGCCUCUAAACUCCAGAAGUACUCACCUCCCUAUAUAUAAUGGACUUGCAGGUCUCCACAACUCAUCAAGCUUUUGAUCAUGGAGAAGAGCAGAUCCUUUCCUGACCAUCCAUACUCCUACUCAGACGCCCGGCAUGGGUUUGAGCUACGCUCCAACUCAUACAGCUUUAAUGGUCCAAUAGGCAAGGUGGACGAGUUUGCAACAUCCGAUAAUCCAGAGAUGAAGAGGAGAAAGAGGGUGGCAUCCUACAACAUGUACUCCAUGGAAGGUAAGCUCAAAUCAUCCUUGCGGAACAGCUUCAAAUGGAUCAAGAACAAGUUCACCGAUGACUACUACGACGAUAUGUAAAAAUCCCAUCUUCAUGUUCCUUUCCUUGUGGACUGAUCAAACAUCUAAGUGUAUGAAUCCUACUGAAUUUCAUGUAUUUAGGCUGGAACCGAGCAUGCUAUUACUAAUAAGUUGUCCGCUUCUGGGUUUUAUCUGAACGAAGGAAGUACAGUUUUUGCUUAA